AUGGAGUGGGAAAACGGAAGCGGAAAUGUUGAAGCAGAAAGAUCUCGUCUCUCGGAGCCCAGUAUUCCCACGAUCGAGAAUCUCACACGCUUGCAUCUCAAUAUACCCGAGCAUAUCUCGGUCUCGGCAAGUCUACACGCAACUAGCGAGCUCAACAAGAUCUACGAGAUCUCCGUCGACAAUGGUGCACAAUACUACGCAUUCAAAGUCACCCUCCCCUUCUGUCCCCGCCUCAAAACCCAGAGUGAGGUGGCCACAAUGCGUCUAGUCCGGCAACUUACCACUCCAGUUUUCGUUCCAAAAGUUUUCGCUCACGAUGAUUCAAGUGACAACGAGCUUGGGUAUGAAUGGAUCCUAAUGGAGUUUGUACACGGUCAGUCUUUGUACAACAGGUGGCGGCACCUGUCCAUGCGGGAGAAGGAGAGGGUGUUUGGAGCGCUCGCGGACAUGCAGGGUCGGCUUAUGCGGUCUGAUAACCGGUUCACUGGAUUGGGGAGUGCUGUAAGCCUCGGUCAAGGGAAGAGCCAGCCAGGCCUCAGUCUCAGCCAAAGGGCAGCGAAACCGGUCUCCUGUCUCAACCAAGCGGCGUCCCAGGCGACCCUCAGACUCAGCCAAGCGGCGUCACAGCCGAAUGCCAUUCGCACCCAAGCGGUGUCCCAGGCGAACUUCAGUCUUGCCCCAAUGGCGUCGAUAAGCUGGUGCCACGAUCUCGCCAGGCCUAACAGCGGAUUCGGACCAUACCGAUCAACGCGUGACUGGUUCAAAGCACGAGCCAAGGCAGCGAUCGAGGAGCAGCUGCGACUCCUCCGUGAAGCAGAAGCUGAGGGAAACAAAGACUACGAGGAGAGCGCGAAGAAGGAUAUCACUCUUGGCGAACGCUUCCUGCUUCUACUGAACAGAUAUGCCCGUGGUUGUGACAGUUUUCCUACCAAUACAGUGCUGCAACAUCCAGAUCUAGACCUGGACAAGAUCAUGAUCGACGAUAACGGUCAACUGUCGGGGAUCACGGGCUGGGACUUCAGUGCCACGAUGCCGCAAUGGAGGGCGGUGCAACUGCCGCGUCUAUGGCGAGGCCGCGACAGAUAUAUUAGGCCGGAUCGCGAUGGUUACAGCGACUUCGACCCCGACGUGGACGAACUGGAUCCCGGUGGGAAAACUGAUACAUACUGGGACCACCUGCGAGAAUACGAGCUGACGCAGUUGCGGAAGGUCUACCUUGACCGAUUGGAAGAACACAUACCGGGCUGCACUAAGAUAUCUGCUAUGGCUGCGUUUGCGAUGGACUUUGACGCUGCGUUGGAAGAAUUGGAGCUGGACGCCUUUUUCGGUAGAGUUGGCGACUGGCUGUCGGCGGUGGAGAAGGGAACGGUCGAGGCGACACUCGGAUACAAGGCCUUUCAGUGCAUAUAUCGCAAAUCGCACGAAGACUGUGCUGAGUUCGCUGACGGCUGUGGGCUCCACCGCGCGGAUGGAGGGCUCAAACUCGGCUGCUUCCCGGCCCGCUGUCAUAGCAUGGCUCAAGGCAGUAGCGAUCAGUCAUGA